GUGCCCGAGCAACCAAAAGUGCUCGGCUAUGGGCAAGGACUUCCGCUGCACCAACAAGAAGCACCACAAGAAGAGCGCGCAGAAGGACGGGUCCUGCACCAUCACCAACGAGUCGCAGUGCGACGGCCAGAACUGGACCGGCAGCACGUGCUGCGCCGACCCGAGCUACGAGUGCCGCUGGUCGGACGACGGCCAGAACGUCAAGCGCUGCCAGAAGAUCUCGGAUGCUCCUACCACGGACGCUUCGGACUCGUAUGACUCGGGGGACUCGGAGGACGACUGGAGCGAGGACUACGGCGACGACAUCGAGUACACGAGCUACGUGGACGACUGGGCUGACUGCACCAAGGCCGACGUGGGCUGCUCCAACGAGAGCAGCAUCUGCGUCUACCACUCGACGAGCUACGCGCAGUGCAAGCCUUACCCGCUGCCGGCGGGCGAGCUCUGCGGCCAGAGCGACGGCACGAACGAGUGGUGGUACCCCUUCUGCACCGACGGAGAGAGCUGUGUGGCCAACGGCUCAGACUUCCGCUGCACCAAGGCGAAGAAGCGCCACCACCACCACCACCGCCAGCACCGCCGCGCGUAAGCGUGGGUAGCUGGCAAUGGGCGGGUAGGCAGCUUGUUCGCAGCCCCCGCGACCGUCGAUAGCUCUAUGACCAAUGCGUCACUAUGAACACAAUCAAUGUUGCAUUCAACUC